GUUUCUGUGGUUCUUGCUUAUCCAAAAGGCAGAGGGAGGUCUGAGGAAGGUGAGCGAUGGAAAUCUCCAGAUUGUGGAAAACAAGCACAUUUUAGCAUAUGUGUCUGGAUUAGGAUUUGGCAUGAUUUCUGGUGCCUUCUCUCUGGUGAAUGUUUUGGCUGAUGUAACAGGUCCAGGAACUAUUGGGCUUAAAGGCGACCCUCAUAACUUUGUGGUAGCUUCAGCAUUUACUAGUUUGGCAUUCAUUAUGCUCCAUGUGUUUUGGGGUAUUCUGUUUGUCAAUGCUAUCCAUCGACGUGCCUACCUACAGCUGGCUUAUGUUGUUCUCUGUCACUUGUUGGCUUCAUGCAUU